AUGUUUAAUUUAUAUUCUUAAAGAGGGUCUAUAAUUGAAAAUGAUCGAAUUAAAUCUUAAGGGAAUGCUUCAAGAUAAGAUUUAUUAAUAACAGAUCAAAAACAUAAGGGUUGCUUAAAAAGAAUAAAUCUACUUAUUUAAGAAUUAGAAAGAAUGUCAGAAGCUCAAAAAAUGGCAAAUUUAGAAAUUCAAAAUCUUAAAAGAGAAAUAGAGAGAUUGUAAAAAGGUGCAAACCAAUAAAAUUAAUUGAACUUAAUUGAUGAAUAAGGAAAAGAUGAAGAAUUAAGAUUAGAAAAAUAAAAAUUUAAUUAAUAUAAGCAUUUAAAAGAACAAUAAAUUAUUGAUUUUGAGAAUGAGCUUAUAAAAACACAUAAAUAAUUAAAAGAAGAAAAAUUAAUAAGACUAGAUUUAAAUCAUAGAUUUGAAAUUAAGAUUUAGGAAGUCGAAAGAUUAAAGUAAGAGAUUGAGAGACUUCAUAAUUAAUCAAAUUAAACAAAUAAUGAUGGAAAAUUAAAUUAGAUAAAUGAAGAUAUGAUUUAGUUCUAAAGCCAAAAUAAAGAGAUGAAAUAAGAGAACAUGUUUUAUUAACUAUAAAUAGAAAAAUUACUUGAAAAAGGAAAUAUGUGUCAACAAGCAUAAUUAUAAUAAUGUGAAACACAAAUAAAUAAGUAAUAAUCUUUAGAAGAGGCUUUAUUUCCAUCUCCAAAAAUAAGUCCCAUAAAAAAAAUGAAUAGAACAAUGACAUUUCAAUAAAACGACCCACAUUAUAUUAAGAGUCUUUACUAAUCAAAUAGAUUAUCAAUAAAUAAUCCAUAAUAAUAUUUCAAAAUCGAAAAUAAUGAAUAAGAAUAAAAAAAUGAGAAUUCAUAUGAGCAUUAAUACCAUUCAAAUACUAAAAGAAAGGAUUCAUUCAAAUUCACUGAAAAUACAGAACGAACUAUAAGUAAAUAAUAUAACUAAUUUUGA